UACAUUUCAAACUCUCUCCUCCUUUGCCUUGUAAGUAAGUAAAAUGAGUUCUAGCAGUAGCUUUAAGUCCAACAUUGAAUCAAUGCUGCUCCCUUGCAUGGUUUUCUUGCUUUUGGUCUCCACAUUGGGUACUGCAUCUUCAUCAGCACUUAGAGUUGGUUUCUAUAAAUCAUCUUGUCCAGCCGCGGAAUCAAUUGUUCGAAAAACAGUUAAUAAAGCCUUGUCCCGCAACCCAGGCUUUGCUGCUGGCCUUAUAAGGAUGCAUUUCCAUGACUGCUUUGUCAGGGGUUGUGAUGGUUCUGUGCUGCUAAAGUCCAUAUCAGGAAAUCAAGCUGAAAGAGACCAUCCCGCUAACAAUCCAAGCUUGACAGGUUUUGAGGUAAUUGAUGAAGCCAAAGCCCAGAUUGAGGCAGUAUGUCCACAAACUGUGUCUUGUGCAGACAUUAUUGCUUUUGCUGCUAGGGACAGUACUUACAACGUUGGAGGACUAAACUAUGCUGUUCCAGCGGGACGUCGAGACGGGCGUGUCUCCAUUCUAGAUGAAGUAACACAAAAUUUACCUCCUCCCUUCUUCAAUGCUGAAGAAAUUAUUCAAAAUUUUGCGCGGAAAGGGAUGUCAGUCGAUGAGAUGGUGACAUUAUCAGGAGCACAUUCUGUUGGUGUUUCACACUGCACUUCAUUCUCGAACCGGCUCUACGCCUUCAAUGCAACUCAUAAACAAGAUCCUUCAUUGGAUCCUAGAUUUGCAGCUAUGUUGAAAAACAAGUGUCCUCCAGGAGCUGCCAGAGAUCAAACCGUGCCGCUUGAUCCUACGCCUAUUCGUCUGGACAAUAAGUAUUACAUGGAGUUGAAGCACCACCGCGGAGUAUUGACCUCAGACCAGACACUGAUGGCUAGUCCUUCCACAAGAGGAAUGGUGGUGAACAAUGCAAAGCAUGGUUCAACCUGGGCCAACAAAUUUGCUAAGGCAAUGGUGCAUAUGGGCUCCAUUGAGGUCCUCACAGGCAAACAAGGUGAAAUCAGGAAGUAUUGCGGUGUUGUGAAUUAAGAUGGCCUGCUGAAAAGGAAUUGAUUUCUUCCCCUUUGACCGUUCCAUCAUUCUUUUUUUUUCUCAUACAGUUUUUUUUUGUC